ACCCGGGAGAACCGGAGGUAGGGUGCGGGAGGGGACCUCCAGCCCUCGGCGUGAUUCGUCAGACGUUGGGAGGGGGACGGGGCGGGGAGCAGGGGGGAGAAUGGGAGGACGAAGGGGAGGGGAAAGGGGAGGGGAGGGUAAAUAGUGGGCCAGGCAGGAAGAUGGCGGCGGUAGCGGAGGUGUGAGUGGACCCGUGUCUUUGCAACUGGAUUUUCUUUCCCCUUCUUUCCUUUUCCUUCUACGAGAUUGGCAUUGAGGGGGCUGAGUUCGGGUGGUGGCGCCGGGCGCAGCGCAGGGGUCACGGCGACGGCGGCUGCUGACGGCUGGAAGGGCAGGCUUCCUUCGCCGCUUGUCCUCCUUCCCCGGUCCGCUCGGUGUCAGGCGCGGCGGCGGCGGCGCAGCGGCCGGACUUCGUGCUUCCUCCAGCUCCCCCCGGCGCCGGAGCGGGCACUCUUCGCUUCGCCAUCUCCCGACCCUUCACCCCGGCUACUGGGCGCCUCCUCCGGCGCAGCUCAGGGAGCGGGGGCCGGUCUCCCGCUCGGUUGUCGCGCCUCCAUGUCGGAUAACCAGAGCUGGAACUCGUCGGGCUCGGAGGAGGAUCCAGAGACGGAGUCCGGGCCGCCUGUGGAGCGCUGCGGAGUCCUCAGCAAGUGGACAAACUACAUUCAUGGGUGGCAGGAUCGUUGGGUAGUUUUGAAAAAUAAUACUCUGAGUUACUACAAAUCUGAAGAUGAGACAGAGUACGGCUGCAGAGGAUCCAUCUGUCUUAGCAAGGCUGUCAUCACACCUCAUGAUUUUGAUGAAUGUCGAUUUGAUAUUAGUGUAAAUGAUAGCGUUUGGUAUCUUCGUGCUCAGGAUCCAGAUCACAGACAACAAUGGAUAGAUGCCAUCGAACAGCACAAGACCGAAUCUGGGUAUGGAUCUGAAUCCAGCUUGCGUCGACAUGGCUCUAUGGUGUCACUGGUGUCUGGAGCAAGUGGCUAUUCUGCAACAUCCACCUCUUCAUUCAAGAAAGGUCACAGUUUACGUGAAAAACUGGCUGAAAUGGAAACCUUUAGAGAUAUCCUGUGUAGACAAGUUGAUACUUUACAGAAGUACUUUGAUGCCUGUGCUGAUGCUGUCUCCAAGGAUGAACUUCAAAGGGAUAAAGUGGUAGAAGAUGAUGAAGAUGACUUUCCUACAACACGUUCCGAUGGAGACUUCUUGCAUAAUACUAAUGGCAAUAAGGAAAAGUUAUUUCCACAUGUAACACCAAGAGGAAUUAAUGGUAUAGACUUUAAAGGGGAGGCGAUAACUUUUAAAGCAACUACUGCUGGAAUUCUUGCUACACUUUCUCAUUGUAUUGAACUGAUGGUAAAACGUGAGGACAGCUGGCAAAAAAGACUAGAUAAGGAAACUGAAAAGAGAAGAAGAAUAGAAGAAGCAUACAAAAAUGCCAUGACAGAACUUAAGAAAAAAUCUCACUUUGGAGGACCAGAUUAUGAGGAAGGUCCAAACAGUCUGAUUAAUGAAGAAGAGUUCUUUGAUGCUGUUGAAGCUGCUCUUGACAGACAAGAUAAAAUAGAAGAACAGUCACAGAGUGAAAAGGUCAGAUUACAUUGGCCUACAUCCAUGCCAUCUGGAGAUGCCUUUUCUUCUGUGGGGACUCAUAGGUUUGUCCAAAAGGUUGAAGAGAUGGUGCAAAACCACAUGACUUACUCAUUACAGGAUGUAGGUGGAGAUGCUAAUUGGCAGUUGGUUGUAGAAGAAGGAGAAAUGAAGGUAUAUAGAAGGGAAGUAGAAGAAAAUGGGAUUGUUUUGGAUCCUUUGAAAGCUACCCAUGCAGUGAAAGGCGUUACAGGACACGAAGUCUGCAAUUACUUCUGGAAUGUUGAUGUUCGCAAUGAUUGGGAAACAACUAUAGAAAACUUUCAUGUGGUGGAAACAUUAGCUGAUAAUGCAAUCAUCAUUUAUCAAACGCACAAGAGGGUGUGGCCUGCUUCUCAGCGAGAUGUAUUAUAUCUCUCUGCCAUUAGAAAGAUACCAGCCUUGACUGAAAAUGACCCCGAAACUUGGAUAGUGUGUAAUUUUUCUGUGGAUCACGACAGUGCUCCACUAAACAAUCGAUGCGUCCGUGCCAAAAUAAAUAUUGCUAUGAUUUGUCAAACCUUGGUAAGCCCACCAGAGGGAAACCAGGAGAUCAGCAGGGACAACAUUCUAUGCAAGAUUACGUAUGUAGCUAAUGUGAACCCUGGAGGAUGGGCACCAGCCUCAGUGUUAAGGGCAGUGGCAAAGCGAGAGUAUCCAAAGUUUCUAAAACGCUUUACUUCUUAUGUCCAAGAAAAAACUGCAGGAAAACCUAUUUUGUUCUAGUAUUAACAGUGACUGAAGCAAGGCUGUGUGACAUUCCAUGUUGGAGGAAAAAAAUAAAAAACAAAAUUGAAUGCUCUAAGCUGGAACGUAGGAUCUAUAGCCUUGUCUGUGGCCCAACACCCUGGCCUUGUGUACAAAAAUGAAGAAAUAUUGCAAUAGCAAAGGUGAACAUCUAACACUAGCUGUCUCCUGCUAGAUCUCCUCGCUCAGCAUAUAACUAUAAAUACAUGUAAAAUUACAUGUAUAUGGCUAUAUUUUUAUUUGCUUGCUCCUAGAAGAGAAAAAAAAAAAAUCAACUUUGAAUCACAACUAGGAAUUGAUGCUUUAAUUUUUGGAAACUUUUUCAGAAUUUUUAAUUUACUAUGGUCCGGCCUAAGAUCCUCAUUUGUAUCAGGUUUUGUGCACAAAAGAAAAGCACAAAAGUUGAAUGCACAUGGGGCAUGUGCUUUCUGUGCACCAAAUAUCUGGAUGGGGUUCUUUUUUCAGGCCUAUGGUUAAAUCUGUGUUCAGAAUUUUUUGACUUUUUUGCUUUGUAUAAUCAUAGAAUUCAUUGCUGCUGAUUUCUAUAAUGAUUCAUGUUACGUAAAGUGUCUCUUAAUAACUGAGGGCUGUCAAAUAACCUGUGAUUUCACCUUUUCUAUAGUCUUACUCCUAUGAAGAACCUUGGUUCUGAUGGAGAAAGAGUGAAAAGCUUUAUUUUUUCCCCCAGGUAUCUUUAUAUUUCUAUUGUAUUUUUAGUUGUGUAAUGUGUGCUACAGAUUUUUUUCAGUUUGUUUACAAACACAAUUUGGUAAUUCCUAAAUUGGUUCUGUCUGCCUCCAAACGGAAACAGAAAUCUUGUGGGUAUAAACUACUUUUUGGUACAGUGGUAAAGGAUAAAAUGAGCUCAUAUUUUCUCAAAAUUUGUAAGAGGAUAUACGGUAUUUCUUGUUAAGGUAAAUCAGGCUGUUGGGGUUUGACAUUUGAUUCAGUAUUUCUGGUGUUCGUAACAGGCAUGUUUGUCAGUUCUUCUAAUUUGGCUCAGUUUAAAAGAUAUGUUGCAGGAUAUGCAUAUAAAAUGUGAGCAGUGCUCCGGUUUGCCUCUUGAUCAGAAUUUGCAGCAGAGCAGUAAAGGAUUCCAUGUGAUUCAAACUGAAAUUCUUUCCUUACUUGCUGUAAGAGCUUAAAUGUAAAAUACCUUCUUUAGUUUUAGGCCUCUGUGAAAAACCUUGAAGCAUGGAGUUGAGGCAAGGAAUGGUACUCACUGAAGUAGAAAUGACUGCCCACUUCAAAAUCUUCAUUGUGUUUAUACACAAAUGUGCUUACAUAUGUCAGAGGCAUUUUGUAGAUGCUAUGCUGACUUGUUCAUCUCUGUAGAAACACAGAAAUCAGACCCAUUUUGUAAAGCAGAAAGUCAUGUCACUUGGAACAUGUCCUGUAUAUAUUUCAUACAUGGUAAUGGAGUCUUAAUGAUAAAUGCAAGGUGAUAAUUUAAUGAUGGGAUUAGUCUGAUCACUUAAUAUGCACAAUCCUGGAAGUGAAUUACUUGCAUCAGAUAUAGUGGUAUUUAUUAUUCUGUACAGAGAGAGAAAAAUACAUAUAAAACAUAUGCUUAUAUUACAUGCACGCAGAUUUCAUGUUCCAUAAAUCUUUUCUAUUUUUUAAUUUACCUUUCUCUAAUGAUGUGCAUGGAAUAUGCCUUAUACAGAAAAAUGCUGUUCAUAAUUUGACUAUGUGGAAAAGUGCCUAUAUGGUGGUAAUGCUAGUAAGGCAAAUAAGACAAAUUAUCAUAUGAGUUUACUACAUCACCAGUUAACAUUUUAUAUUGUGAUGUUUAAAAAAGAAAAGUUUAUACCUCAAAUGUGUAUUUUAUUUUACAAUCAGCUGUGGGGUUGGGAUGGGAAUAUGGGAGGGUUGGGAGGGAAGGUUUAUUAACCUUAAGCCGCUGAUGGGAAUCUUCAAAAAAAAUUCUCUAUGCCCACUAUAAAUGUUCCUCUGUUUGCCAUUUUUGGUAACUAUCAUGAACAUGGACAAGUAACUCUUUCAUAACUAAAUUGAAUAGCUUCAUUUUACAAAGGUAUGGAAAACUUAACAAAGCAAUGUCUAAAUCUAAUUAUCAUUAGUUGCAUUUGCACUAACUGUUAGAUACACUUUUGCAAUUCUGUAAAUGAAAUGAUUACACUAAAAAUAUUUGUAUAAAAAAAAAAGAAGAUACAUUUUACCUUUAGAUAACUGUACAGGUACUUCACUAGAGUUAAUCCCAUCCAGUCAGAUUUAGAAAUGAGUUGGGGAAUGCGAAAAGAGUUUUAAAGAGCUCAAAAUUGGAGAGGUACUAGCCAUUUUAAACAAUAUUCAGACCCUCUAGAAUUAUUUCUGUGUGGCUAAUUCUUUAAUCAGUAUCUGAAUAUACAUGAUGUUUUCCCAAACACAGUAAUUUCUUCUGUCUCCCAAACAAAAACAAAAAACAAAAAAAAAUGAUCCUUUACUACUCUCUUUUCAACUAGUUCACUCUUUUGUACUGUGAUAGAAAUUUGGAAAAUACUGGUAAUGAUGGGUUUUGUCCCUGACUGCCCACUGUACAGGACAGGAGAGCACAGUGUUUCACUUGGAACUCAGGACUCCUGAUUUUGAGGUGGAGGGUGAUCACAGCAGCUCUUGGUUUGGGAACACCACAAAGGCGAUCGAGGUAGACCGAGGAGGGGAUGGCUGGGAGGGAGGUGUAAGAACACAAAGCAAGGAAAAGGAAGAAUGGGUUUCCCGUUUGUUGAGUUUCAUCGGCUAACUUGUGCACCUAUACAACAUCAGUGUCAACUGCUAUUGAGAACAUUUUAGUUGGGCUGAGCCGGUUCUCUUGUGAAAUUGUGCUGGUUAAUUAAGCUUAUCAAUUGUUUGUUCAAUUAAACACUUUCACCAGUAUUUAGUCCGAGUUGUACAGACAAUGUAUUUGGAUUACUGUCAUUGUUCACCUACAAACUCAAAACAUAAUCAUUUUAAAGUACCUUGGGAGUGUGUAGAGUGUAACUAUUCUAUAAUAGCUUUAUGAUCCUGAUGAUGUUUUUAAAAAAUAAUAAAGUUGGAUCUUCCAUGUUACAAUCACAAAAUUAAAACCAGUAUUUAAAAGUGGAAAA